AUGGUUAAGCUCUCUCCAUUGGUAGGCUGCAUCAUCACCAGACUGCACCUCACCUUCUCCCUCCGCUGGCGUCUCUGGCCAUCCACCCCCAUCAACCCAAUCCGCCGCCGAACUUGGACCGGAUUGUCUGCUCCCUCGCACCUACCCCUUCUCUCUCCUCCUUCCGCCGCGACGCGCACACGGCCAACCAUGUCGCUCGACCCGCCGACGUACCUCGCUUCCCUCCAGAGCAACAUCCGCCAGCGGCCCAUUCCCUGGGAGGGAGCGGUCCGCGCCGGCACCCUCACCGAGGACCAGCACGCCAAGAUUCGCGCCGUCGACAAGGCCAAGAAGCCCGGGCAGCGCAAGGAGAUUGUCGAGGCCGACCUCGAUGGCUACCGCGCGCUUUUCGUUGGCGGCAAUGGCAAGCCCAGUGUUCUCGAGACGGCUGCCAAGCAGGCCAACGUCAUCCAGUAUAUCCUUGUUCUGCUUGCCGACGUCUUGGACGCCAAAGCUCUUUUCAAGAAUCCCGAGCCAUACACGCACUUCCUACCACUGCUUCACUCCAACACCACCGAGGACCACAUUCCUUUGCUCACCUCGCAUGCAUUGACCACGCUCAUGGCGCUCUCGUGCGAUGAGUCCAAGGCGACCGUCCAGCAGGCCCUUCCCGUACUUUUCACAUACAUCUCGGGACUGGCAAAGAGCACUGACGCUGGUCUGCAAGACAUUGCCGUGCAGGAAUACUCGACCCUGCUGAGAAGCCAUGCCUCCCGCGAGCAGUUCUGGAACCAGCGCAGCGAGACGAUUGCGCCGCUCAUCAAGAUUCUCCACAGCGCUGCAGGUGUCAGCAACUCAGGCAAUGCGUCAGCUACCCUGUGGAGCGGGAGCACCAAUGGCCGCACCGCCGCCGCCGAAGGGUCUGUCGGUGGCGGCGUUGGCCUGCAGCUGCUCUACCACGUCCUGUUGGUCUUGUGGCAGAUGAGCUUCGAGGCCGAUGAGAUUGGUCAAGAUCUCGACACCGAGUACGAUAUUGUCCUCCUGUACACACACCUCCUGCGGCUGUCGCCCAAAGAGAAGACGAGCCGACUGAUUCUCUCGACACUGUACAACCUGCUGUCCAAGAACCAAACGUCACUGCUUCCCACGGCGGUCCUCGCACGCCUGCCGCCUCUGCUGGAAACGCUCGGUGCUCGUCACCUCAGCGAUGUCGACUUGCUCGAGGACAUGGAGAAUCUAAAGGUCAUGCUCGAGGAUUACACCAAGACCAAGACGACGUUUGAUGAGUACGUGGCCGAGGUGCAGACGGGCCACCUGCGCUGGUCACCACCCCACAGGAACCAAGUAUUCUGGGCAGAAAAUGCGCGAAAGAUUUUGGAACACCAGAAUGGCGAAAUUCCGCGUCAACUAGCCGAGAUUAUGAAGAAGCCGUGGGACAACGACAAGCAAGUAUUGGCCAUUGCGUGCAACGAUGUCAGCUGCCUUGUCAAGGAAGUACCGGAAAAGAGGUGGCAGCUGGAAAAGGCCGGCCUCAAGAGGAGAAUCAUGGAGCUUAUGCAGUCGGAAGAUGAGAAUGUGCGAUGGGAAAGCCUGCGAGCGCUGGGAGGCUGGCUCAAGUACAGCUUCGAGCAGACGGCCUAG